GAUUUAGUUUACUAUGGCGAAUGAGGAAUCAAUAAGUAGCGAAGACACUGGUUAUAAUAGUUUGUCAGAAUCGUCAUCAUCUGUUGACUAUUCGGGGAAAUUUUUGGAUGCCAUUAGAGAUUGGAAUAUUGAUGAAAUUAAAGAAAUUGUACAAGAAGCGAAUAGUAAAGGAUGUCCAAUAAAUAGAAAACGAUGUAUAGUUCAUGACGUAAUCGAAGAAUAUUGUUCCCUAAGAAUUAACAGUCAGAAUGAAAAAUGGGAAGAUUUUCAAACUAUACUUUCGAUUUUAAUAGAGAAUAACUUUAAUAUGAUUGAACGUGGAACGAAAGCUCAUGUAACUCCACUACAUAGAACUUGUGAAUAUAAUAAUCAAGAGAGAUUAAUUAGAUAUCUAAUUAAAGCCGGUUGUCCUGUUGAUAUACAGGAUAGUGGUGGCCGAACUCCUUUACAUAUAGCAUCAGAAAGAGGACAUUUGUCUAAUGUAGAAAAACUCAUAGAAUGUGGGGCCAAUGUAAAUAUAAUAGACUCCAGCCUGAAUUCACCUCUACAUUACGCUGCUAGGGCACGUACUGGUGAUAUUACACAGUAUCUAAUCAAUAAAGGAGCUAAAAUUGAAGUUGAGAAUAUCUCAAAAAGAACUCCGCUCCACGAGGCUGCCGACUAUGGAAGAUUCUCUUCCGCCAGAGACAUUUUACGUAAUGUUGAAGAGUUAGACUCAGAUUACGUAAACAGAGAGGAUAGACUUGGAUUUACAGCUUUACAUAUAGCCGCUAAACGAGAUAUGACUACUAAAUGCGUUGAGACAUUAAUAACAUUCGGAGCUGAUUUAGACUUACAAAACAAUUUGGACGGCGAAACUCCCUUACACAUUGCUAUUAAGUACGAAUUUAUUGAAACUAUAAUUCUAUUACUCAAGAAAGGAGCUGAUAUUCAUAUAAAGAAUAAUAUAGGUUAUGCUCCUAUACACGCAAUUAUCGAUAAGAACAUUCUCGAAGUUAGAUUAUGGGACGAAUUAAUGGAGAGAGAUAUUCAAACUCGUUUAGAGGGCAUAGAUGGGAAGACAAUUGCUAAAAUGGUUGAAAAUAGAUUCGAUAUUGCCCAUAGAGUUAUAACAGCAAAGGAAAAUGAAACUUAUAAAAGGAAAAUGAGUCGAAGAACGUCAAGUGCCUACGACUUUGUAACCUUAGUGAAAAAGAUAGAUCGAUUAGAAAAGUAAUCAAUCAAUUAAUUCUCCAUUAACCUUCUUUAUUUAACCUUUCAAAUCGAAAAUUAGAAAAAAUGUAC